GAGUACGAAGCGGGCACCAUUGAGGAGAAGAAGUUGAUUCUGGACAAACUGCAAGGAGUGAAGAAUUGCAGCUGGGUCCACAGCCUGGAGUCCCUGACAUCUAACAUUAAGGACGAGACUGAGUCCUUGGUCACCAACUUCUUCACCAGGCAAGGGAUCUUCGAAAUCGAGCAUAUUGACACAGCCGGCCUGUCAGAAAAUGACAAGGAUGAGAUUUUGGAGGAGAUCCUCUCCAAAUCUGAGAAGAACUUUGGCCACUCGAGGCAG